AUGGAUCUCGUCAACAGAGAGAACCGCCUCGACAUUGCCCUCGUCAAGAACCUCCCGAUCGCCCUCAUCUUCCUGCCCGCCGCCGACAUCCCGACGUUUGUUGGCCAGGGCCGCGUCGACCUGGGAAUCACCGGAUGGGAUCAGGUCAAGGAGCACGACGCUGGCGUCAAUGCCGUUGCGGCCAGCGCGGGGGCUGCUGCCUCCCAGGCUUCGGGCACUGAGAGCAUCAUGGAACUCGAGUUUGGCUCGUGCAAGCUCCAGGUCCAGGUUCCCGAGAAGGGCGUGUACGCUACCAGCGCAGACCUCAUCGGCCGCACCAUUGGCACGAGCUUCGUCAACCUGACUGCGGAGUACUUUGCCCAGCUGGAGGCUCAGGCAAACGGCGGUUCGCCCUCCGGAAAGCUUCAGACUACAAUUAUCGAGCUGAGCGGCAGUGUUGAGGCGGCAUGCGCAUUGGGUGUCGCCGAUGGUAUCGUCGACCUUGUUGAAUCAGGAGAGACCAUGAGGGCUGCGGGACUAAAAGCCAUCGACACAGUCGUCGAUUCAACUGCCGUCCUCAUCAAGUCCCGCUCACCAUCCAACCCCGAGUUGGUCAAUCUGAUUGCCUCGCGGAUACGUGGUGUCAUCACGGCCCAGCGAUAUGUCCUUUGCCAAUACAACAUUGAACGGUCAGGCGUCGAGGCAGCUACAAAGAUCACACCGGGAAAGCGGGCCCCAACCAUCACAACGCUGGACGACGGCUGGGUUGCCGUGAGCUCAAUGGUUGAGAAGAAGAAGAUUGCUGUGGUGAUGGAUGAAUUGACCCGGGUGGGAGCCCACGACAUUCUGGUCCUGGACAUUCACAACACACGAUAA